UAAUAAUUAAUUAAGAAAAAGAAAUAAAAAAAACUCUCCGUCUUCUCUUUUUCUUCUUCUUCCUCGAAAUUAUUGCGGUUACUGUCGUCUUCCUUCCUUCCUCCCUCUCUCCUCUCCGAAAUCGAAGCUCACGUCGGCUACGGUUACGUCAUCGGAGAGGUGGUGGUUGGUGGUGGUGGUUCCUUUUUCACCUCCAUUUCCUGGGAAGAGAAGCUUUAAUUUCAUCGGAAGAAGAAGAAGAAAAAACUUUGUCUCAAUCUGAUUUUUAUGAGCUUCCCCAUGGAUUUGUCGCUUUUGUUGUUUUAACGAAGCUGAGAAAUUUCUUGGGGGAGCAGACAACAAAUUCAGCAGUGUAGAGCAAUGUCGUUUAAGAACAUAGUAAGAGAGUUUAGGGUGAAGAACAAGUACAAAGGUAUUGGUUGUAGACGAGGGAGGUCACAUAUUGCACCAGAAGGAUCAUCUUUGUCUUCUUCUUCUUUAUUAUCAGCUAAUGAAGGUUUGAAUCAGAGUAUUUGGGUUGAUUUGCCUCCGGAGUUGCUUCUUGAUAUUAUCCAUCGGAUUGAGUCUGGACAGACUCUUUGGCCUGCGAGGAGAGAUGUCGUUGCUUGUGCUUCCGUUUGUAGGUCUUGGAGAGAGAUGACUAAAGAAGUUGUUAAGGUUCCUGAGCUCUCUGGUUUGUUGACAUUUCCUGUUUCUUUAAAGCAGCCUGGUCCUAGAGAUGCUCCAAUUCAAUGCUUUAUCAAACGGGAGAGAGCUACUGGAAUAUUUCGUCUCUAUCUUGGUUUAAGUCCUGCUCUUUCGGGUGACAAGAGUAAGCUGUUGUUAUCCGCAAAGAGAGUGAGGAGGGCGACUGGUGCAGAGUUUGUUGUAUCCUUGUCUGGGAAUGGCUUCUCAAGAAGUAGCAGUAAUUACAUAGGAAAACUGAGAUCCAAUUUCCUGGGAACCAAGUUCACAGUCUACGAAAACCAACCUCCUCCGUUUGACCGAAAACUCCCACCAUCAAUGCAAGUGUCUCCAUGGGUAUCAUCAACAUCUAGUAGUUACAACAUAGCUUCCAUCUUAUAUGAGCUGAAUGUUCUGAGAACCAGAGGGCCAAGAAGAAUGCAAUGUAUCAUGCAUAGUAUCCCGGUUUCAGCAAUUCAAGAAGGCGGCCAAGUCCAGUCACCUACUGAGUUCAUAAACCAAGGAAAGAAGAAGAAGAAGCCUUUGAUGGAUUUCUGCUCAGGGAACCUGGGAGAAGAAUCCGUCGUAAAGGAACCAUUAGUUCUGAAAAACAAGUCGCCGAGAUGGCACGAACAGCUCCAAUGCUGGUGUCUCAACUUCAAAGGGCGAGUCACAGUUGCCUCGGUGAAAAACUUCCAGCUAGUAGCAGCUGCUGCGGAAGCAGGGAAGAACAUGAACAUUCCAGAAGAAGAACAAGAUAGAGUGAUAUUACAGUUUGGGAAGAUAGGCAAAGACAUUUUCACUAUGGACUAUCGUUAUCCGAUCUCUGCUUUUCAAGCUUUUGCCAUUUGUUUAAGCAGCUUCGACACGAAGCCAGUCUGCGAAUGAACCAAACAUAUCGAAUAUCCAAUUAUAAUUCUUCUAUUUGCAAGUUUCUGUGGUUUUAAUGUACAUACUUUCCCCUCUUGGAGCAAUCAAAUCAAACAAUCAAGAUCUUUUUCAUCCAA